AUGGGACAGAACAUCUCCAAGUUGAUGAACAAGAUCUUCGGAUCGAAAGAAAUGCGUCUAUUGAUGCUGGGGUUGGAUGCCGCGGGGAAGACCACAAUCCUCUACAAGCUCAAACUCGACACGGACGUCACCACGAUCCCCACCGUCGGCUUCAACGUCGAGACUGUCACGUAUAAGAACACGAAGUUCAAUGUGUGGGAUGUGGGAGGGCAGGACAAGAUCCGGCCGCUGUGGAGACAUUACUUCUCGGGUACCCAGGGCCUUAUCUUCGUCAUUGACAGCAACGACCACGACAGGAUAGACGAGGCGAGGAGUGAGCUGGCAAGAAUCAUUCAGGAUCGAGAAAUGAAAGAUGCGCUGUUGUUGGUGUUUGCGAACAAGCAGGAUAUCCCAGGAGCAAUGCGACCCAAAGAAGUCUCAGACGCUUUGGACCUCACACGGAUAGCCAAAGACCACACCUGGAAAGUCGAGCCCAGCUGCGCAACGACAGGCGAAGGCAUCUUCGAAGGCCUCGCCUGGCUGAGCAGCAACGUCAAGCUGCCCUCCAACAAGUGA